AUGGUCCCCGAUGCCCUGACGCCAGGUAUGGGCGCGACAGGACUGCUGACGCCAGCCAUGCCAGCCACGGCCGCCAUGACAUCAGGUACGGGCCCAACAGGACUGCUGACGCCGGCCACGACCACCCUCAGCCAGACCACGCCCCCUUCAACCAUCAACAAUGGGCUUGACGGCCAUCGAACCAUGGGUACGAGCAUCGUAGAGAGUGAGAAGAAUUCCAGCACCGGCACCCAUCCCGCACACGACGAGAGCAGCGCCAAACCCAGCCAUGGCGUCAAGAAGAAUCCAUACCCACCAUAUGAGCCCAUCGCCAUCAUCGGAAUGGGCAUGCGGCUGCCCGGCGGCGUCCACGACGAUGUCUCGUACUGGGACCUUCUCGUCAACGGAAAAGACGGUCGCUGCCGCGUCCCCGAGUCGCGCUACCACGCCGAAGCCUGGGUCCAGCCGCCCGGCAGCAACAAGCCGCCAUCGGCGGGGCUUGCGGUCCCCAGCACGCACGGCUACUUCCUCGCCACGGACGCGGACGGCUCGGACCCCCUGCAGCGGCUGGACGGCAGUUUCUGGACGCUGGGACGGCACGAGGCCGAGGCGCUGGACCCGCAACAGCGGCUCUUCCUCGAGGUGGUGCACGAGGCGCUCGAGACGGCCGGGCUGACGCCCUCGUCGUACCGCGGCGCCGACGUGGGCAUGUACGUGGGCCAGAUGUGCGACGACUGGGCCGGCAUGCAGCGCAUGGACCGGCUGGACCACGGCGCGGCGCGCGCCGAGGUGGUGGGCGACUACAUCGUCGCCAACCGCGCCUCGUACGAGUUCGACCUGCGCGGCCCCAGCGUCGUCGUGCGCACCGCGUGCUCGUCGUCGCUCGUGGCCUUGCACAUGGCCUGCCGCGACCUGCAGGCCCGCACGUGCGGCGCCGCCAUCGUGGGUGGCGUCAACAUCAUGGUGACGCCGCUCGACACGGUCGGCAUGAACGUACAGGGCGUGCUGUCGCCGUCCGGGCGCUGCAUGGCCUUUGACGCCGACGCGGACGGGUACGCGAGGGGCGAGGGCGUGUCCGCCAUCUGCGUCAAGCGGCUCGACGACGCGCUGCGCGACGGCGACCCGAUCAGGGCUGUUAUCCGCGCCAGCUGCGUGUCCAACGACGGUCAAGGCGGCGGCCGGGGCAUCACCAGCCCAGACGGCGGCGCCCACGAGCGCAUCAUGCGGAGGGCGUACGACAUUGCUGAAAUUGGCGACCUGGGCCGCACUGCCAUGGUCGAAUGCCAUGGAACUGGAACGGCGGUUGGUGACCCGAUCGAGGCUGGAGCGGUUGCAAAGCUUUGGGGAAAGGAUGGGAUUUAUAUCGGAUCAGUCAAGGGGAAUAUCGGCCAUGGAGGGGGUGCCUCUGGCCUGUCAAGCCUUAUGAAGAUGGUUUUGGCUCUGGAGCACUCGACGAUUCCGCCCAACAUCCACUUUAACACGCCGAAUCCGCGUAUCCCGUGGCAGGAUGCCAAGCUCACAGUCCCGACCAAGGCUAGCCCCUGGCCAGCUGAUCGUCUGGAGCGGGUGUCGGUAAACAGCUUUGGAAUUGGCGGCACAAAUGCACAUGCAAGUAUCCGGUCCAACCCCUUUUGCAUCGGUGUCGAAACCUCGGAGAACAGGGAUGAUGAUGUUUCGUCGCAACGCCUGCUCGUCUUCUCAGCAAAGCACCCCAAGGCACUGGAGCGGUCAGCUGAAGCCGUUCGCAACUAUCUAGCAGACCGCCCUGUCAAGCUCAGCGAUAUGGCGUACUCACUGGCAACUCACCGUGCGGCAUACUCCCAGCGAGCCUUUGCCGUGGUAGGGUCCGAUGAGGCUAGCAGCUUCAGGGUGGAGGCGGGAGGUACAGCUCUAGAGACACAGCCUUCCGUGGCCUGGGUGUUCACGGGUCAGGGCGCGCAGUGGCCGCAGAUGGGCAAGGAGCUUCUAGAAAAGGAGCCGCUGGUGCGCCAACGUGUUGAGCAUUUCGAUCGUCUGCUUGCCUCACUUUCGAAGCCUCCGCCGUUCACCAUCAAGGACGAGAUAAUGAAGCCACCGGCUCAUAGCCGUCUGUACGAAGCCCAAUACUCCCAGCCCUGCAUGGUCGCUCUCCAACUUUCCAUUGUCGACCUCCUCAAGUCCUGGGGCGUCAAGCCGGCUGCAGUGGUCGGACACUCGUCGGGUGAGACGGCAGCAGCAUACGCCGCCGGCGCCGUGACGGCUGACGACGCCUUCCUGCUCGCAUAUCACCGUGGACAAAUCACCCCUACGCUUGCGAAGGCCCACGACGGCAGCAUGGCGGCCAUCGGACUCGGAAGGGACGCAGUCACUCCGUUCCUGCAGCCGGGCGUGAUUAUCGGCUGCGAGAACUCCCCCGAGAGCGUCACACUGAGCGGCGAGAAGGAUGUCCUGACGUCCGUCAUGGCCGCCAUCUCGGCCGCGCGCCCUGAAGUGCUCUGUCGGAAGCUCAAGGUCGAGUGCGGCUACCACUCGCAGCACAUGGCGGUAGUGGCCGACGAGUACUGGAGUAGGGUUACCGGGCCAGACGGAGUGCGGGGCCAGGCUGUUGAGCCCGCCAUCACUUUCUACUCGUCCGUCAACGCAGGCCUGACGAAAGACCUCUCGCCGAAGCACUUCCUCGACAACCUCCUGUCGCCCGUUCUCUUUGACGGCGCCGUCCGAGCUCUGCUCCGCGAUCUCCCCACACCGCCCGUCUUUGUCGAGAUCGGGCCGCACGCAGCGCUGGCCGGGCCGAUACGCCAGAUCGUACACAGCGAAGCCGCCGCACACACCUACAUCCCCACCCUCGUCCGCAGCCGCGACGGCAUGGUCUGCCUCCUCGAGACGGCCGGAAAGCUGUGGCUCGCGGGCGCGGCCAUCCAGCCGCGCGCCGUCAACCCGCCCGGCGGCUCCUUCCUGCGCGACAUGCCGACCUACCAGUGGCACUACGAGGACGGCAGCCAUCCCUGGCGUGAGACGCGCAUCUCGCGCGAGUGGCGCCUGCGCCGCUUCCCGCACCACGAGCUGCUGGGCUCCCGCUGCGUCGAGACGGGCGACGCCUGCCCGGCCUGGCGCUGCCGCCUGUCCCCGGCCGACGAGGCGCCCUGGCUGCGCGAGCACGUCGUCCGAGGUACCCCCGUGCUCCCCGCGGCCGCCUUUGUGGUCAUGGUCGGCGAGGCGCUCCGGCAGUUGGGCGCUGGGCGCGACGGCUUCUCGCUCAAGAGCGUGGUGUUUUCGGCUCCGCUGGCGCUUGAUAGAGACGAGACAGUUGAACUGAUCACGGCACUCAUGCCGAUACCCGAUGGCGAGCAUGCCGGCUGGUAUCACUUCUCCAUUUCUUCCAUUGCCGAUAUCAAGAGCGGCGGCGCCUGCACGCAGCACGCGACGGGCAGCUGUGCGGCCGGCGCCAAAUUCCAGCUCCCUGCACCCAACAUGGCCGCAUCGACGGCCUCGCUCGUGCGCCAGGUCAACCAUGGCGGCUUCUACGACACAUGGCGGCGAUUCGGGCUCGACUACGGCCCGCAGUUCCGGCGCAUCAGGGACGCGCGCUCGCACGUCAGCGAGCGACGCGCCGCAGCCACCAUCGAUACCUCGUGCGCGCCCGAGGACGAGGACGCCUACUGCCAGGCGGCCAUGCAUCCGACCUCGCUCGACGCGGCCUUCCACGCCUGCAUGGUGGCCGGGUGCGUGGGCCUGGAGCGCAACUUUGAGCGGCUCGCGGUCCCGCAGCACAUCGAAGAGGUCUACGUCAAGCCCCAAACAGGCGCCGCCACGGCCGCGGAGAUGACUGUUGUGACUGAAGCUUUCGAGAACGUAAACGGUGUAAGCUGCAGCAACGUCUUUGGCACGUCCAAGACUAGCGGCGAGAUCCUCCUGCACGUCCGCGGCCUCAAGGCGACGCCCCUCCCGGAGGAGAUCUCACCAGAAGGGCCAGCCGACCGGCAUCUUGCAGCCGUCCUCCAGUGGAAGCCCGACGUCGACUUUGGCAGCUGGUCGUAUUGGAUAAGGCCCAAUAAGCGGCAGUACAAGGCGCAAGUGGCAAGCCUGAUGGGGCUACUCGGCCACAAGACGCCCGCCAUGCGCAUCCUCGAGGUAGAGACCCAGCACGGAACGAACAUGACCGACGCUGCGCUCCAGGCGCUCAAGUCGGGUCAGGGAACACCGCUGUACAGCGAGUAUGCUCUCGUCAGCGGCAGCGACGCAAGCUCAAAGCUGGCCCGGGAGCACUUCGGGCAGACUGCCAGGAUGAGAUUCGCCAAGGCCAACCUUGGCCCUGAGGGGUUCGACCUGGCACAGGCCCUCAAGACGCCGGCACCCUUCGACCUGGUGAUUCUCAACAGCGACGACAGCGACAGCCUCAAGGACCUACUACAGGCAACCCGGCCGCUCUUAAGCGCGCGCGGGCGACUGAUCAUCAGCGAUACCAUUGCGACGGCCGGCAAUGACGACACCGUGGUCGACAAGUACAAGCAUUACAUGGGACGCAUGGACUCCCUACGGCGCACCCUCUCCACCGCCGGCUUCCUCACCCAGCGCGAGGUCGUGUACAGCUACGGCGCGUCCACCAUCAUGGCCACGCCUACGCCUCCCGACGACCCCCAACCAGCAACCCCACCCAGCCGCCCCAACAAGACCAUCAACGUCCUGGCGCGCAGCACGCGCAGCCCGCGCGUGUCGGCGGCGGCCUCGCAGCUCCGGGCGCGCGGCUACCGCAUCCAGUGGUUCCUGCCGGGCCAGUUGCUGCCGACGCGCAAGGCGACCGUCAGCCUACUAGACCUGGACGAGGAGCGCGGCCCGUUCCUGCACGGCAUGGGGCCCGACGACCUGGCCGCCCUCAAGGCCAGCGUCCUCUCCCUGCAGGGCACGGCGGCCACGGCGCCGCAGAUGCUGUGGGUCACGGGCGCGGCGCAGGUGCGGUGCGUCGACCCGCGCUGGGCGCUCGUGCUCGGCUUCGCGCGCAGCGUGCGGCGCGAGACGGGGGUUGACCUGGUGACGCUUGAACUCGAGAGCUUUGACGCCGAUGGGUGGGGUGCGGUUGUGCGCGUGCUGGAUGGCUUUGAUACGCGGUGGCGGGGCGGCGAUGAGGAGGAUGGUGUGGAUCCCGAGUCCGAAUAUGUCUUUUCCGGCGGCGAGAUUCAGAUCGGUCGGUUCGACUCGGUAGACUUGCCUGAGAAGUUGCUGGAGAGGGCGCCCGAUGGAGAGGGUGAGGAUAAAUCACGCAAGGUCCUGACCAUGAGCAAGCAUGACGGCCAUACAUCGCUCGAGUGGAAACAAGAGGCCGUCACGACUGGGGGCAAAGUCAACGGCAAUACCGUUCAGGUCCAAGUACAGGCCUUUUCCAUACCACAUGGUGGGCUUCAAACCACUUCAGAGCCUAGUCUCACCUCGACAGAGCUCACAUUCUUGACCAGCGGCGUCAUCAGCGCCAUCGGGCCCCAGGUGGACAAGUUGGGCGUGGGAGACCGGGUGGUCAUGCUGGCCAGCGGCAGCAUUGCCACAUCGGUUCAAAUCUCCGAGGAUAUGUGCUUCCGGAUCCGCGACGACAUGAAAUUCGAAGAAGCUGUCAAGCUCCCGCUACUCGAGUAUUGCAGCGCUUUCCAAUCUCUCGACACCCUCGCAGGGCUGGAGAAGGGUCAGUCGAUCCUGAUUCACCGCGCUGAAACACCGAUUGGCCGGGCAGCCCUCGAGAUUGCUUUGGAGCGUCACGGCGACAAGAGCGAUGAUAUCUUCGCCACAGUCACCAACGCCGCUGAGGCUGAGGAGGUCAUGACCAAGUUCCAUCUGGCGAGCGACCACGUCUUCAUCUCAGGGUCCACAACCUCGUUCCUCCAUUCCGUCACCGAGGCCACUGCCGUAAAAGGCGUUAACAUUGUCCUGAGUACCUUUGCGGAUCCAAGGCUCGUUGAGGCCUCAUGGAAAUGCCUGACGCCAUACGGCCAUCUAAUCCAACUUGCCGGCUGGGAUGCAUCUCCGAGAACACGAGACAGCGGCGAGCAGCUGCGUGGCAUCGACAUCCUGCGUGACAGCAAGACAUUCUCGCGUGUAGACUUGGCACAGGUCCUGAAUCGUCGGCCACAUUCCCUGCAUAGCCACCUACGCAAGGCCAUGGCGUACUGUCGAACAGGCAACAUCAGCGCCAUCAACCGACACAUCAAAGUUCUAGAAGGCGAUAGCAUCAAGAACGGCAUCAAGGUCCCCCGCAGCCCCGGCGACGGCACCUCCCUACUGGUGGCCAAGCUCCCCGAGGACGCGGGCGCGCUGCGGGUGGCGCCUGCGAGACGCAAGCUCGCGCUGCGGGAGGACCGGACAUACAUCGUCGUCGGUGGCGUCGGCGGGCUAGGCAUCCCGUGCGCCAGGUUCCUCGCCGAGCGGGGCGCCCGCCGCCUGAUGCUCUUCUCGCGCUCCGCUGAGCGGUUCGCCACCGACAAUCCCCUCCUGUGCGACGAGUUUAAGGCCAUGGGCUGCAGCGUCAAGUUUGUCAGCGGCAGCAUCACCCAGGCCGCGGACGUGGAGAGGCUGGUGGCGGCUGCCGAGAUUCCCGUUGGAGGCAUCAUACACUCCGCCAUGGUCUUACAGGACAGCCACCUCGCCAACAUGACGCACAGGCAGUGGCGCGACGUCAUCGACGCCAAGGUGCAGGGCACGUGGAACCUGCACUCGGCCACGACCGAGUCGUCGUCCCAGCCGCUCGACUUCUUCGUCCUCUUCAGCUCGCUCGCGGGGCUGGGCGGCCAGGUGGGCCAGGCCAACUACGCGGCCGCCAACGCGUUCCAGGACGCCUUCGUGCAGCACCGGCGCGCGCGGGGUCUCCCCUGCGCCGCGCUCGACAUCGGCAUAAUGGAGGGCGUGGGCAUCCUGGCGCGCGAGACGGCGCGGCUCGAGGCGCUGCGGUCGGUCGAGCACCACAUUCUGCACGAGCGCGAGCUGCUAGAUGCGCUGGAGCUGGCCAUCCUGGACGACGGGGCGGGUGGCGGUGGCGGUGGCGGUGGCGAUAACAAUAUCAACAAUAGCGUCGCGCCCAAGAGCUCCUCCGCAGUGCCUGCCGCCGCAGGCUACGUCAGCGCGGGUCAGAUGGCCAUCGGACUGGGCUUCACGGCGGCCGGGCAGGGGCUAACGAGGCAGUCCGCCUGGCGCCGCGACCCGCGGAUGCAGAUGGGGCGGUCCUCGGCUGGGCACGACAACUACGAUGACGAGACCACGAGCAAGGAGCAGCAGCAACAGAAAUCCAACAGCGGUGCGCAACAGCUGGCCGACGCGCUGGCCCACGACGCGCACGAGCAGACGGCGGCGAGCCGGGAGGCGCUGACGCGGACACUGGCGCGCGAGCUGGCGGCCACGGUGCGCCAGCUUACGAUGCGGGACGCUGACGACGGCAACCUGGACCAGGACGCGGGCGCGCCGAUGCGCAGCCUGGGCGUCGACUCGUUGGUCAGCGUCGAGCUGCGCGGGUGGCUGCGGCGCAGGGCAAAGGUCGCGCUCAGCGUGCAGGACGUCCGCGGCGCCGAGACGCUGGCGGACCUGGCGCGGCUGGUGACGCAGAAGACGGCCGACGCGAGGGGGGCGGCGGAUCGCCACUCGGACUCUCGGGUACCCAUUGGGGUGCCAGGCUGAAGGAAGUGAGCUCUUGAUGACGAUUAUGACGGUUGCAUUUUCGUCUUGUUUGAGAUAGUUCUGGCAUGGUUGAUACGGAUUUUUUCGCGGUUGUUCAGGGAACGGAAUUAUCAGGAGGGGCGUUUGUAGGGAUACCGGAAGAGUGACAGAUAGGUCUGUAUGUUUCUGCCGUCAUUGUAUGUAUUUAGCCUUCUCGUAUCACUUUCGGGGGCUGGCUAGAACGGGGUAGUAGUGGUUUCUAUCGAGGACGUAGAUAACGAUGGUCCAGGGCGAUAUACACAAACCACUAUCACGCCCUGCUAUAAUAGAUUGAGGGGCCUCCCCGGAUUAGUAGUAGCCAUAAACCAGAAGAAAAACGCCAAAAUCUACAAAUUGUCCACU